GGCCCGGGCAGGACAGAAGACAGACGGACAGGAGGUCUGAACUUCGAAACAGCGAGGCCCCAGCACACCCCUCGGCAGCCCAGCCAUGGCCCUGCUGAACAUCAAUGAGCUGCCCGAGAACAUCCUCCUGGAGGUCUUCGUCCACCUGCCCGCCCGCCAGCUGCUGCUGUGCUGUCGCCCUGUCUGCAGCAUGUGGCGGGACCUCACUGAUGUGGUGACCCUGUGGAAGCGCAAGUGCCUGCGGGAAGGCUUCAUCACCAAGGAAGGGGACCAGACAGUGGCUGACUGGAAAAUUUUCUACUUCCUCCACAGCCUCCACCGCAACCUCCUGCAGAAUCCGUGUGCCGAAGAGGGCCUGAACUCAUGGCAGAUUGACAAAAAUGGAGGGCAUGAAUGGAAGGUGGAGACACUCCCCGGAGACUUUGGAGAGAACUUUCCCCACAGUGGAGUCACGAAAUACUUUGUCACAUCUUUUUGGAUGUGCCUCAAGUCGCAGCUGGUGGACCUCAAAGCCAAUGGCUACUGGGAUGAGCUGCUGGACCACUACCGGCCGGACAUCGUGGUGAAGGACUGGUUCGCACCCCGAGGUGAUUGUGGCUCCACCUACCUCCUUAGUGUGCGUCUGAUUUCAGCAGAAUUCAUCACCCUGGCAUCCUUUGAGCCUCCACCUGUGACAUUUCCCCAGUGGAAUGACGCUAGUUGGAGGGAGGUCUCCCAUACAUUCUCGGACUACCCUCCCGGUGUGCGCUACAUCUUCUUCCAGCACGGGGGCCACGACACCCAGGGCUGGGCAGGCUGGUACGGGCCCCGCAUCACCAACAGCAGUGUCACAGUCAGCCCCACCAGAAGGACCCCAAAUCCAGCCCCUGAGGGCACAGCUUAAUCCUGUCUGGUCCCCACAGGGGGCCCGGUCAAGGCUCAUGCAAGCCCACAGCCCAUUGGGACUUUCUUGUGCUGUAAUAAACAUUUUCAGUAAAA